CUUCCUGCCGGGCGCAGAAGGGCGGCCGGAAGGGGCCGCUCAUUGUUGGCGCUGGAGGACCCGGCGGAGGCCGCGGAGCGGGUGCUGAGCGGCUGCGUUCCCCGGCGGCCGGGAGGGCGCGGGGGCGGCGAAGAUGCCCGACCGCGACGGCUACAACAACGGCAACAGCGGCGAUGAGGCGGGCGCCAACUCGGACGACAUCUGCCGCGACUUCCUGCGCAACGUGUGCAAGCGGGGCAAGCGCUGCCGCUUCCGGCACCCCGACAUCAGCGAGGUGACCAACCUGGGCGUCCGCAAGAACGAGUUCAUCUUCUGCCACGACUUCCAGAACAAGGAGUGCGUGCGCCUCAACUGCCGCUUCAUCCACGGCACCAAGGAGGACGAGGACUGCUACAAGAAGACGGGGGAGCUGCCCCCGCGCCUGCGGCAGAAGGUGGCCGCGGGGCUGGGCCUCUCGCCUGCCGACCUGCCCAACAGCAAGGAGGAGGUGCCCAUCUGCCGGGACUUCUUGAAGGGCGACUGCCAGCGGGGAGCCAAGUGCAAGUUCCAGCACCUGCAGCGGGACUACGAGUACGACGCGCGCGGCAUUGCCGCGCGGGACCAGGGCAUCGCCACCACCGUGCGCCGCUACGACCCCUACGACCCGCUGUACGACCCCGACCGCUACGACGACCACGACCCCGUGCUGAAGCGGCGGCGCGUGGACGGGCUGCACUUCGAGACCUACGAGUACAGCUUCACCAACCCGCGGACGGUGGAGUACCGGCUGCUGGAGGAGGAGAACGUCAUGCUGCGGAAGCGCGUGGAGGACCUCAAGAAGCAGGUCAACAACCUGCUGGCCACGAACGAGGUGCUGCUGGAGCAGAACGCCCAGUUCCGCAACCAGGCCAAGGUCAUGACGCUCAGCUCCACCGCGACGGCCACCGAGCAGACUCUGGCUCCCACCGUGGGCACCGUCACCAACUACAACCACAGCAUUGCCCAGACCCACACCACGCUCAGCAGCCAGGCCCUGCAGCCCCGGCCCGUGUCCCAGCAGGAUUUGGUAGCUCCCGCGGGAGCCCAGGCAGCCCCCCCCGCCAACGCGGCGCCCCCCAUGAACCCCGAGAUCACCCCGCUGUCGGCCGCCCUGGCUCAGACCAUUGCGCAGGGCAUGGCUCCCCCGGUCUCCAUGGCUCCCGUGGCCGUGUCGGUGGCUCCCGUGGCCGUGUCCAUGGCGCAGCCGCUGGGGGGGAUCACCAUGAGCCACGCCACCACCCCCAUGGUGACGUACCCCAUCGCCUCGCAGAGCAUGCGGAUAACCGCCAUGCCGCACUGACGCUGCCGGGGCCUCGGUGCCGCCGCGGACCAGCGCCGCCCGCCGUGCCGUGCCGCGCCGUGCCGGGGAGGCGCCUCCGGGGCUGGAUUUGCUCCUUCCUUGGGGGGGCGAGGGAAGGAGGCGAGCUGGAACCGAAUCCAAAUGUGAAACUGCAAAACCCUUGGGGACUUCACCUCCGCUUUGGGGGAGGCGGGCGGAGGAAGAGGGGGAGGCCUCUCCCGGCCUGCGGGAAUGAUCGGAGUUACCGUUAACCCUCAGCAGCCCCGUGCGAGCCUCCGAGCGGCGGCGUGUCCAGGGAUGGAGGUUAAUGGUGCGCGAGCUGAAGGACGCAGCGACCUCAUCGCCUUCGUGCGUCCCUCGUCCCCACACCCGUCCCUCGUCCCCGCGCCCCUCUGUCCCUGCCGCCGCCCUUGCCGGGGCCUCACUCUGCCGGCGGCGCGGCCGGACCCCGCGAGGACCCAAGCGGGGACGGGGACAAGGCCGGGCUGGCUGCCCCCGGGGGAGCGCGACGGCCGCUGCCUCCCGCCCGCGGCGCCCGGGGGGGACCGUGGUGCCCGCGCCGAGCUCGGGAUCCGGCUGCGGAGUCGCCCCGUGCUGCCGGCUGCUGGUCCCGCUCCAGCGCAGAGGCCUCGAGCCUCCCGCACGGCCGCGGCUCCCGGCAGGUUUCUGGGGACGGGGCGGGUCAGGGGCAGCGGGCCGGCCCGCACACCCCGCCAGGGCCGGGGGCUCUGCCCGCUCCCGGCAGGCCCCCCCCGCGGAGCCCCGUGCCCAGACGCGUCCCUCGCGCUGUUCUCCCUUCUGUCUUGCGUUUUGCUUCCCGGGACUGAAGCCCCCCUUGGGCCCAGAGCAGCUUUUGCGGCGCUGUCUGGGCCGAUCCCGCUGGACCGGGCCGCGCGGGGGGCGGCGGCGAGCGCUCCCCGGGGACGGCCGACUUUCUGAUCUAGCGUUUUAGCUCUCCGAUUACAGUGUAAAGUUUUCGACUAUUAAAAACAACAGCUAUGUACAGUC